GCCAUUCAUGUUUCCUUAGUACAACCACAAGCUACACGGCUCUCACGUGGGGUAUCACCAUAUCCUGUUCAUGUCCAGUAAAGAUAGAAACUACAAACAAACAUUCAAAGCUUUUCGAGACGCAGCGAAACAUUUCAAGGCAAAGUCAUCAUCACAGGAGAACGAAGUUGUAUUCAUCCACGUGGAUACGUCACGUGAUAAUGUAAAGAGUGCGGUCAACUAUUACCACGUGGAUGAGAAUAAGGACUUACCAUGUAACAGGAUGACAAAAUUUGAUAAAUACCAUUCACGGUUUCUUCCACCGAAAAAUGCUUUGAGUUAUGAAGCUUUCGUUGGGUUCACUCAAGAUGUUGUAGACGGAAAAAUUAAGAGGAAUAUACGAAGCGAGUCGCAGCCUUCUGAUUGGAACACCUAUGAUGUGAAAACUUUGGUUGGUUCAACAUAUGAUGACUUUAUAAAGGACAAACGUCGAACCAUAUUUAUGAUGUAUUACGUUCCCGGUGACCAAGGAUCCGAAAAAGCUCUCCCAGUACUAAACGUCGCAGCUAAAGACAUGAGAUCCAACGCAACCGUUGUGUUUGGUCGUAUGGACGUCUCGAAGAAUGAUGGCGAAAUAGACGUCCAUACCUCUUACCCUUCGUUCAAGAUGUUUACAAGGGAUGGGAAGGUAAAGCCAUUCAAGCCGAAAGGUGACGUCACAGCUAAUGGAAUCAGGUUCUUCAUUGAGAGCAACGGAGCUUCGAGUGUGCCGGAUCCAGCAGACGACGAACCAGAAUAUGAUUUCACGUGGCAUGACGAUGCUCAUCCGAUUGAUGACGUCAAGGAAGAAGAGAAGAUGAGAGAAAGGUGGAAUAAAGAAGAGAAAGAAAUGCUGGAGAAGGCAGUCACGCAUGAAAUACCGGAAGAGCCUCACGAAAGUCAUAAAGUGGUUCAUCCUCUGGCUCAUCUUGAUCCGGAGGAAAGGGAUCCGAAACUCAUGGAUCCACAAGUACACGCCGAUUUUGAGCAUCACGAUUUUCACCACGAACUUUAGGCAUCAGUUUUUGGAACUUUCGGCAACGGUUCGCUGCGUUCGGCGUUUAUUAAUGCCGUCACAGCCUCCCCGCUGGCUUUUUGCAAACUUUCUACAGCUUGCCGCAGCACGCUUGGCGAAUCGUCUGAAAUUUUAAACUUGAAGUCCUGCUUUUCACCGUUUGGUGGGGUCAGAGUACCAAUUACGUCACUCAUUAUACUUACAGCUAACUGUAACUGAAAUAAAUGUAAAAAAAGGGUUUAGUUUGUAACUGUUCAAUACAGCUCAUAGGGCAAAGACAGAGGUAACUAAAUGGCUGUGUUUAAAACGUUAAAACUUUCGCCGUCUGUGCUGUACAAUGAUACUUCUUUUAAGUGAUAAUAUGCUAUUGUUUCAUCGCGCUUGACACUUCGUACAUUCCACUGAAGCGUUGAUUAUCACGAUGACAUAAUAAUAUAGCGCGUUUGUACGCACCAUACACCAUAACAUGGUAGCUGGUGAAUGUACUUCGCGCAAAGUUUUAACAGUCGCCAGAAAAUUGAUUAAAAUAGAAAAAUAAUCUUAAGUUUGUGGUGCUUCGCGCCUCAUAAGUUAAGUUUGAUAACGUAUAAGAAAUAGUUUCUUUAUAUUUGUGGUGCUUUAUUUUUUACAUUAGACAGCAUAAAACACAGAUAUGUUUGCAAAUCUUUACAACAUAAAUCACAAUUAUAAA